CGGCCGGGGAACUGGCGGCGCCCGCGAUGAAGGCGGCCAAAUCUAGUUUUCUAGGGGAAAGACUGUGUCUAUCCUUUCCAAAAAUGUAUAGUAUAUGUUGGCGUUUUGCCAGGUUUCAACAUACAACAGUGCAAACUCACUGCUUUGGUAAAGUGGUUAGCGAUGAACAAUAUAAAGAUCCUUUUAAACUUGGAAGAAAAGACUUGAAAAAUCUCUAUGAGGAUAUUAAAAAGGAAUUACGGGUUUCUACUACAGAAUUUAAGGAAAUGUGUGAAUAUUACUUUGAUGGUAAAGGGAAGGCCUUUCGACCAAUCAUUGUGGCACUAAUGGCCAGAGCAUGCAAUUUUCAUCACAACAGUUCUGGAGAAGUGCAGGCAAGCCAACGCUCUAUAGCAUUAAUUGCAGAAAUGAUCCAUACCGCUAGUCUAGUUCAUGAUGAUGUAAUUGAUGAUGCCAACUCACGAAGAGGAAAAAUUACUGUUAAUCAAAUCUGGGGGGAAAGGAAGGCAGUCUUAGCUGGUGAUUUCAUCCUUUCUGCAGCAUCUUUAGUUUUAGCACGUAUUGGGAACACAACUGUUAUUUCUGUAAUAACGCAAGUGAUUGAAGAUCUGGUGCGUGGCGAAUUUCUCCAGCUAGGUUCCAAAGAAAAUGAAAAUGAGAGAUUUGCUCACUACCUAGAAAAAACUUUUAAGAAGACUGCAAGUCUUAUAGCACACGCCUGUAAAGCAGUUUCUAUCCUAGGCUGUCCUGAUCCAAAGGUUCAUGAGAUUGCAUAUCAGUACGGGAAAAACAUUGGGAUAGCAUUUCAGCUGAUAGAUGAUGUACUGGAUUUUACAUCAUGUACUGAACAGCUAGGAAAGCCAGCAGCAGCAGACCUUAAACUUGGAAUAGCCACUGGACCUGUCUUAUUUGCUUGCCAGCAGUUCCCAGAGAUUAAUGCCAUGAUAAUGAGGCGAUUCAGUUUCCCAGGUGAUGUCCAACGUACCCAGGAAUUUGUAUUACAGAGCGGUGGCAUACAGCAGACAACCUACCUCGCCCAACGUUAUUGCCAUGAAGCAGUGAAGGAGAUUGGCAAGCUUAGACCAUCUCCAGAAAGAGAUGCCCUUAUGCAGCUGGCAGAAAUUGUCUUGUCGCGAGACAAGUGAUCCUCUUCUUCCUCCUGGUGAUUUUGGCAGCUAUUUUACCAGACUGUGCCUAAACUGUUUCAGAACAUCUUGGCUUGCUUCUGGUGGCAUUUCCAUUUUUAAAAAAGUUAUCCUAGUUAAGUAACUAGGCUUAUGAAAUGCUUUUAUUGAAGGAAGCCUUACACAACAGUGAAACACAAUCAGUCUGUUAAAUUGGUAGCAGCAUUUGGUACCUGUGUUUUCAAUGAAGAGGUUUCUGGUUUUGUGUGGACAUUUGUUUACACUGUUCACUAUUAACGCUGAAGGCCACAAACAAUAAAAUGCAAUCAGUGUAUUAAAUUAUUUCUGCAAUUCCUCGUAUGUGCUGGGACUAUAACCAACUCCUUGAAUGAUUGAAUUGCCUGUUAGAAUUUCAGAGCACCCAGAAAAUUAAAGAAUGGUUUAUUAUAAAAGACUGUACAUACUUGUUAUAAUUAAAACAGGUUAUAUACAAAUCAAGAAGUGUUCCAAUUUAUAAAGGGAAUACAAAUAGGUUUCAUGGGUUGCUGUUUGAUGUCAGAAAUAACAUGUUAACAAUCAGGAAAAGGCAAAUAAAGCAAUUAAUUAGGUUCAUUAAGGAACAAGGCGGCAAGGGAACCUUCAAUAUUUAAUGUCAUGCUAGAAAAUAAUAUUACUGCUCUUGUAUCCAGUACACUUGCUUUUUCAUCAUGUAAUACCCAUUAGGACAGUGCUUAAGUCCAAAUAAAUCUUUACUACAUAAAGCAACAAAUCCCUUACUAAUAUUCAUAGUUUAUGAAUAUUUAUAGUCUUAACUUGUGUAUAGUCCAAAAGCAGAAGCAUCACUUGACCUUGUGCUCAAACUGGAGGUAUUCUAGUGCACACUAAAAGCCAAAUGGGCUAUAUGACAACCUAUGCCUUUUUCUACAUAAGCUGCUGCUUGCUCUCUCUAGUGGGAUGCAUGUCUAGAAACAGCAUUGCUAUGGAAGUACAUCCCUGCUCUUAGGCCCGUAUGCUCUGUAUUCCUAGAUGUUCUCUGCAGCAACCUACUUAAAUACAGUGAUGUGGACAAAUCAGUAGAAAAUCCCCUCAAUGAUGAAAUUUUACUUUCAGCAGGACAAGAGACCUUUUAAAUGGGGGCAGUAAUUGGAACAGUUGCUUGAGAUAGUUUGUUCACCCACCCUCUGCACAUUGCAGAAAAUUAUUCAUCUAAUUUUGCAAUGAAUCACUAAAGCUCCUCUCUUAAGGCAGUUCUACUACAGCAAAAGGCUGCUUGGUACAUGAAAAGUACCACUGCAUUUACCACUGCAGCUGAAAUACAAAGGUGAUUAAAUGUUUACUUCACCCAUCUUAUGGUACAUCAAUAUUAUAACUUGGACAGCCCUGGCCACACUCUGACAGGCAAGAAGAGAAACAGAUUUCUGCUGAAAACUUGCUCCCAGAUCACUCCAGUCUGAUAAGAGACCAGAAAGAGAAAGCGAGCAGGCAUUUUAGUGAGCUAGGAUGACUUUGUUUUAUACAUUCUUCCAUAAGCCUUUUAUUGCUGUGCUUUCUGUUUCCAAUAGUAGCUAAUCAAAGUCAUGGGUAGCAGUCUCCAUAAGUCCGCAUUCCAUUUACUAAUGAAUAAACCAAAUAAUAGUGUAAUCUGAAUAUAUGGUAAGCCUGCAGAAGUGUAGUUUUCCCUUUGUUGUGGUGUCAAGACUUUGGACUUGCAAUUAAAAAGGUCCCUGUUGAUAAGGGGGAAAUUUGGUAAGUCAACAUGCUUCAAUAUUGCUUUGCAAGGCAAGGCAAGCCAACAAAAGUAAUGGACAAGACCUUUGGUUCACUUAUGUAUUUAUGAAUGGAAAAGUCAAUGCAAUUUUACUCAUUAAAAACUCAGGUACAAAUUACAUACACAUCAUAAGACCACCCAUCUUUGAUUCACAUGGACAUCUUCGAUAGAGACUCAAAUGACUCAUUGGAAUAGACUUUUAGUGAAAUUACUCCAGUAAAAGAUUACAACGAAUUGGAAGCAUCUUGGAUUUUGAGAAAAAAAGUGUAAUUCAAUACAUAAGUUUUUAUGCAUGCUUUUAAACAAAUACUAUACUUUGAGGAUGAGCAAUAGUCUAAACAAAGGUAAAAUGACCAGCAUUAUUGAAUUUUUCAACCAGAUUUGAUGUUAGUCUAACAGUUGUUAGUUUAUCACAUUGUUGCACUGAGAAAAGAAAACAAUGGCACGAUUUGAAUCAUGAGUCAUUAAAUAGUAUAUACCCUACUUCCCCAGAAUAUUUAGGCUGGUCGUAAAAAA